CUUACGCGUCGGCGCCCACACUCUUUCCUAUUCCCCGUUGUACUUGAUACUAUAUAAAAACGCGUGAUAAGCCGAAAACGCGCGUCGUAUCUUUACAGUUGAAGUUGACAAGUGAACCGUGCCAAGUGUAAGUUCUUGUUUUUUUUCUGCUCUCUCGCUCUGCGUCGCACACACCUCUGCGUUAUUAUCACAGAAUCCGGUACUUUUAAUAAAAUAUACUCAGACAUGAAAUCCGUAGCUCUGCUUCUGCUUUUUGGAAUUAUUGCCUCGUCCACAGCUAGAUCGGUAAGACCGACGUACGACCUCAUAGUGCCCACCUUCGGCUCGAAUUACAUGAACAUGGACGAGUACUUUGAAAAUUUACAACAGAGCAUCAACCAAUCGAUUCAAAGCGCCUCGCAGAACGAGAACGCGGCGCACGUCUCGACGCACGCCGACGGCCGGGGCGGCUACGAGACCACCGUGUCGAUUCGGGGCGGUAAGCGCGUCGUCAGGGCCGGUCGCACGGCCGAGGGCGUGCCCUAUUACGAGGAGACCGAGGACCUGCCGAUCGGCGACGUGAUCUUCCACACGGAGCGCGUCUACAAUCACGAGACCCGCUCGCUCGACGUCAAGAGCUCCAAGCAGGUCAAGGAGCCAGCCACGGAAGCGACCCCGGUGCAAGAGACGACGACGACGACGACGACUUCCGCUGCCGUUGAGGAGCAAACGGCGGAGCCCAAAGUAGAAUCGAGCACGGAUGCGCCAGCAGCUGCUGAAGUUACAGGAAGUCAAUGACGCGCGACACCGAGCUAAUUUAGUUUUGUAAAUUAUCAUAUACGUUCGUACAUCGAAGAAAGAUUUUUAUCGACUUUUUUUUUGUAUUAAGAUAAUUUCAUCGUUUAUUUUCCUGUAUUGGAUAACACAGUCAACCCUAUCGUGUAAACGUCGAAGAGUAUUUUCUUUUGUAUAAAUCCAAAGUCCAGCUCUUAUUUUGCUUAGAAAAUAAAUAUGCAAUAAUCGUA